UUGCCCUCUUGAACAUUUACCGUAACCCUCAAAACUCUUCCCAGUCUGCUGACGGUUUGCGCUGCGCCGUGAGUGACGUCGAGAUGCAGGAGCACUAUGAUGAGUUUUUUGAGGAGGUUUUUACGGAAAUGGAGGAGAAGUACGGGGAAGUGGAGGAGAUGAACGUCUGCGAUAACCUUGGAGACCACCUAGUGGGGAACGUGUACGUCAAGUUUCGCCGUGAGGAAGACGCGGAAAAGGCCGUGAUCGACUUGAACAACCGCUGGUUUAACGGGCAGCCGAUCCACGCGGAGCUCUCCCCGGUGACCGACUUCCGAGAGGCGUGCUGCCGCCAGUACGAGAUGGGGGAGUGCACGCGGGGCGGUUUCUGCAACUUCAUGCACCUGAAGCCCAUUUCCAGAGAGCUGCGGCGGGAGCUGUACGGGCGCCGGCGCAAGAAGUGAGUACUCCCGCCCUUCACCAGCGCUUUCCGGUGUGCAGAGUAGUUCCUCGGGCCGAGCGUGGCCCAGGCAUGGAGGUCACUGUUUGGGACGUAGUAUGUAUUUCAAGGUACGAAACGUACUCUUUAAGGAGUAUCCCACACACACGUCGUCCUGUGAACCCUUCGUACGUGAGGGAGGGGACAGGUGAGCGGGAAGAGUGGGUUCGUAGCGUGGGCUUUUAUUCCCUUCACGUGCUGCGGUUUUCCUUUGGGGGCGCCUGGUUUUGUUGGUUUGCUCUGGGGGGGCGACCACGGGCAGAACCGGGCGCAGUGCCGUGUGUCUGGGCCUGGUGCUGGAAGUGCAGCUUGUGGGACUGCAGAGCAGAGCCUGAGCCUGGAUGUCGGGAGAGGGUCCCUUCUGCCUGGCUUGCAUUCUCACCCCGGGGUUCUCACCCCCGUCCUCAAAUGUGGACCGAGAGAUGCACACAGUGUGGGUGAUUGUUCCCUUGUCAACAAAGCACAGGAGGAGAGGAGCCCUGCCCUCCACGCCCCUGGCGGG